AAUGUGGACAGGAUGUGUCCAGACCUGCAGAUCCACAGCCAUUAAAAGCCUCGGCUCUGAUCACAUCUGCACUUUAGUUCACGCAUCUGGACUUUUAUGACAUUCAUCAAACAUGAGGACCUUCUGGAUGUCAGUGUGCGGCAUUUUGGUGGCAGUUUGUGGCGUCCAGGCCACCUACACCUCCUACUCCACACUGCGCUGCGACUGUAACGGCAGGUCUCGUUACUGUCUUCGGGACGCCUGGGGUCUGCGCUGCGUCGACUGCCAGGGACACACCGAAGGACGCCGCUGCGAACGCUGCAAGGACGGCUUCCACCAGCAGGGGGCGGAGCCAGGCUGCACGCCCUGUCGCUGCAACACUUCAGGUUCAGUCAGCGCCACAUGUGACAGCAGGGGGCGCUGCAGCUGUAAAGACGGCGUCACCGGAGAAAAGUGCGACCGCUGUCCCGAUGGACCGAUGGGACCCGACGGAUGCACACGAAGGCGGCAGCUCAGAGAGGAUUCUGGGAGUUGUUUCUGUUACGGUCACAGCAGCCGCUGUCGGGCAGAGUCCGGCUUCUCCGUCUACAACAUCACCUCCACCUUCAGUGAUGGGCUGGAUGACUGGAAGGUGGCGACGCUUCAGGGCGUUACCCCUGACAACGUCCACUUCCGCUGGUCACCGAAACACCAAGACCUGGAGGUGAUCUCAUCCAACAGCCUCCCCAUUUACCUGUAUGCCCCAGAUCGUUACCUGGGGAACCAGUUGCUAAGUUACGGACAGAACCUGUCCUUCUGGCUGCGUCUGGACCGCGGCGUCCGUCACCCGUCCGUCUAUGAUGUCAUCCUGGAGGGGCAGGGUCUGCAGGUUUCGGCCUCGCUGGGUGACCUUCGCUCCAUCGUUCCCUGCGGUCAGAAACUCCGCUACAGUUUCAGACUGGAUGAACGGCCCGGCAGCAGAUGGAGGCCUCAUCUGUCCCCCUUCCAGUUCCAGACACUGCUCCAAAACCUCAGUGCCAUCAAGAUCCGAGCCACCUUUGGAGAAAACAGUCGUGGUUACCUGGAUGACGUGCAGCUAGCAUCAGCUCGCCGUGGGCGUGGCAUCCCGGCUCACUGGGUGCAGACCUGCGCGUGUCCACCAGGAUACGAAGGCGACUUCUGCGAGCGCUGCUCGGUGGGUUUCCGGCGCAGUCGGCCGGCAGACGGGCCGUUCAGUCCGUGCGAGGCCUGCGGCUGCAGAGGCGGCGGCUGCGACCCGUUCACCGGGGACUGUUACUCUGCCGACGAGACGUCCCCAGAACCCAGCUGCUCCGAUGGCUUUUACCGUGACCCGCUACCGCCCCGGGCCUGCGUGAAGUGUCCCUGUCCAGACGGGAGGUCCUGCUCGCUGCCCGCCGGGUCCUUCCAGCCCCAGUGUGACCGCUGCCCCACGGGAACCACCGGUCCUCAGUGCGACGUCUGUCUGGAGGGCUUUUACCGUGAACCAGUGCGAGGCGACGGCUUUCCACAGCCCUGCGCACGCUGCCAGUGUAACGGACACAUCGACGUCAACGUGGCGGGAAGCUGCGACCGCCGCGACGGCCGAUGUCUGCGGUGUCUGAACAACACCAGGGGGCGGAGCUGCGAGGACUGUCUGCCCGGGUUCUACCACCGUCGAGCUGGAGAUGCCUGCAAACCCUGUGACUGUGACGGUCCUGGUUCUGAGUCAGAUCAGUGUGAUGGCUCUGGACGCUGUCGGUGUAAACCGGGCUUCAAGGGUCAGAGAUGUGAACGGUCCGACUGUCCCGCCUGCUUCGACCCCAUCAAAGACAAGGUGGAGGUGUACGCCACCAGGGUCCAGGAUCUGGAGACUCAGCUGUCCCACAUGGAAGGAGGAGGUUCAAGCCCAUCCAACAGCAGGGCCCUGGAGGAGGAGCUAAGAGCAGCCCAGGAGCUGGUGGAGGAGCUGAAGGAGACCGCCGAGCAGAUAGGAGACCUGGAGAGGACGCUGCAGACUCGUCUGUCGUCCAUCAGCCGUGGACAACUGUCUGAGGAACAGGACAUCCAGAAGAUCGCAGACACUGCAGAUGACAUCCAGCAGAGGCAGCAGACGUACAGGAGGACGGCAGGACGGGUGGAGACACUGAUCAAAGACAUGAGACACAAACUGGACCAGGCCAAAAGCAACCUGAGAGCAGCAGACAUUCCUGUAGGAGAUGCUCCACCGGGUCCAAACGUCCUCUGGUCUCUGGCCCAAACGGCUCAGAGUCUGGCCCAAAGACAUCAGGCCAAGGCGGAGGCUGUGGAGCGAACGGCCGACGAAGCUCUGAACGCCUCGGACAAAAGCCUGGCUCUGGUCCGAACCCUGAUGAACACAGAGAAGGAAGUGACCGAGCUGACGGGAGACCUGAAGACGGCGUAUGAUCAGACUUCGGCCCAUGUGAAGACAUUGGAGAACCAGGCGACACGUCUGAGCACCGAGGCCAAAGACCAGAGCAAAAGGGCCGAUGGUCUGCUGAAGGACAUAUCCGACAUGGAGCAAAACAUCCCAUCAUCCCUGAAGGGGGACGUGGACGCCAUGGCUGCCCAGCUCCGGGGUCUGACGGAGGCGGUGGAUGGGAACCUCAUGAGCUUGGAGACGCUGCAGGACGCUGUGCAGGACCAAAAAACCACCACUGAGGACCUGCUGACCAAAGGCAAAGGUGCACAGAAGGAGUUGGACAGACUUGUGGACAGAGUGAACGCUGCUAAAACCCAGACUGAGGACGCACUGAAACGCAUCAACGGCAGCACUGAUGAUCUGGACAACAUCCUGGACACGCUGGAAGUGUUCGACCAGCAGAUCAACAGCAGCAGAGCUCUGGCUGAUGCUGCCAUCCGACGUCUUCCCGUUAUUAACGCAACCAUCCAACAAGUGCACACAAACAACGCUAAAACAUCGUCCAUCCUUGAGGACGUGGCCAGAGAAUAUGUCAAAGCUGAGGGAACCAUCGGCCAACUGAAGGAGGCACUGAACCAUCUGGAGGGAAACAUGGACUCUUUAGCGCCUCACGCUGGUCUGUUGAAUGAAGCCACCAAUCUGAACCAGGAGAGUCAACGGCUCAGAACAGAAGCAGCCGCUUCAGCGUCAGACCUGAAGUCACAUGUGGACCAGGCCAAGGAGGAGGAGGCCCAGGCCCAGGAGGCCGCUGUCGGAGCUGCUGCAGCUUUGGAUAAUGCCGAGGACACGAGGGAGGCCGUGGGAAGAACCCUACAGGACGUCAGCCACCUGCUGGCAAACAUGAACCGGUCAGGUGUGGUGGACCAUCGUCGUCUGAAGGAGUUGGAGGAGUCGGUGGUGGAGGCUCAGAAGGAGGUGGAGCGUCGCCUCCGGCCUCGGCUGACCCUCAUGGAGGAGCAGGAGACCGCCCAGCGCCGCCGCCUCGCCGCCAUCAACCAGGACAUGGAUGCCAUCCUGAGAGACAUUGCCAACCUGGAGGACAUCCUGAAGGCCGUCCCACCGGGAUGCUUCAACAGCCCGCCCAUUGAGGAGGCCUGAUGUCAUUGGACAGAACAGAGGACCAACAGCACAGUGGGCGGGGCUUAGUACAGGUCAUGAAAGAAAAGAUAUAUUCAAUGGCACAAGUACAAUAAUGUUCAACAAACGUAUCGACGCCAUGGAAUGACACGUUUUGACAAGUUGCACUUCAAAGAUUUUAUACUGAAUUUGUCCAAAUGAUUCCAGUAAAUAAGUAACUUUGGGUUUUUCACAAAUUUUACACAAUAGUAGAAAGUACUAAAUAUUUAAAGCAGUGGGAUGAAUCCAUAAAGACCCAGAGCUGCUUUUAUGUUAGUUCACAAAUGACUUUUUUCUCUAUUUUUAACCCUUCAUAACUAAUUUAUCACCAUUUAUUCUAAUAUUAUCCUCUGUAUUUGACAUUU